AUUUUAUUCCAUAUACUUGCUUAAUUAGCUGUUUUAUUGAAACCUGAAGCAUUCUGCCUUAAAACCCAAAACAGAUGAAGCCAUAAAAAAGAUCAGAGGGUGGGCUCAAAGAAGGCCACCCAGCCAUUUACCCUCCCCAUUAAGUAUUUAUCAAUAUUAUUAUCCUCAUUCAAUUUAGCUGUAAUGUUCUGGUUCUGCACUGCAAAGAAGCAAAGCAUCUCCCUCCCCUUACACAUUUGCCUUGCUUUACCCAGUGGGUAUCCCACCUUUUCUUUGCUUGCAAUUAAUAAUUUCCCAAUCUCCCCUUUCCCCUCUCUGGUAGAUCCAACCCAAGAACUCAUAAUCUUCCAAGUACAUAUCUCUACUGUUCAAAUUCAUCCCCAAACUUUCUGCUUCGCGUGAUUUUCGGCAGUUUCAUUGACCCAAUCGUCAAACACCCUGCAGUCGUUUCAGUUUCUGUGUAUAUAUAACGCUUAAUUGUGUGUGAAUUUUACAGUCCUGGACUCCUAGCAUGAUUUGCUUCCAUCUUUUAUAAAGAAAAGAAGAAAAAGAUGAGUCUUUCCACAGAAGUAUCAAGAAAGGUGACAUGGCAGCCUGGAGGGAUGGUGGAAGAUACAACCAUCACAAGUUACUGGAUGAACUGGAGGGUGGGUUUAUGCUUCCUUUGGAUUUUGAUAGCAGUGGUUUUCUCAGGUGUGCUUAUAUUCAAGUAUGAAGGCAGAAAAGGUGGCAGUGAUGGUAGAAAAAACAGAGGAGGAAGCAGAGAGCAGGAAGAGGGGUUCUCCUCCUCUGAAGCUGGUGGGCCUGCAGUUUUAUAUGAAGAUGAAGUGUGGAAGACAUGCCUGAAGAAUGUUCAUCCUGCAUGGCUGCUUGGAUACAGAAUUGUUUCUUUUGUUGUUCUUCUCUCCAUGCUCAUCCUUAAUGCUAAAUCUGAUGGUUCUUCCAUUUUCUACUUUUAUACUCAGUGGACAUUCACAUUAGUUACCAUAUACUUUGGGCUUGGGUCAAUGCUAUCGAUGUAUGGGUGCUACCAAUACCAUAAUAACAGAAUCAGCAGCGAAACAGAUCAUAAUCCCAGGUCUGAUGAUGCAGAGUAUGGAUCGGCAGGUCUAUUUUCCCAUCCUGCAAAUGCAAAACAGCCCCCAGCACAUGAAGAAUCCAACAGAAAAGUUGCAAACUUAUUGUGCUACAUUUUUCAAAUAAUUUUCCAGGUGAAUGCCGGAGCCGCAACUCUCACAGAUUGUGUUUAUUGGUUUGUUCUUGUGCCAUGUUUGGCCAUCAAAGGCUAUAACUUGAAUUCUUUGAUGAUAGGCAUGCAUUUGGUAAACGUGAUUGUCCUUCUUAUAGAGGCUGCACUGAACUGUUUGCGGUUUCCUUGGUUUAGAAUUGGAUAUUUAAUUACGUGGACAUCUAUUUAUGUCAUUUUCCAAUGGGCUCUCCACGCCUGCAACCAAAUUUGGUGGCCAUACCCAUUCCUUAAAUUGUCUUCUCCAUUUGCUCCUUUAUGGUAUUCAUCGUUGGGGUUAAUGCAUAUACCAUGCUAUGGCAUGUUUGUUAUGGUAAUGAAGUUCAAACACCAUUAUCUGUCCAAGAGGUUUCCUCUGUCUUAUCAGUGUGCAAGAUGAUAGAAGGAUUGAAGGGUAGAUGUUUACUCCGUGGCCAACGGCGAGUUGCCAAACAGAACUUUGAUUUAGUUAGAUAUCUUCACAGGGGAGCUGGAGUUAAGGAGGAACACUUUCAAACUCCUCUGUAUAUUUUGAUUUUGAGAUUGGGGGAGUGGGAGGGGGGCAUUUGACAGGAAGGAAAAACAAAUGAAAAUGGGAUUUAAUAGUAAUGUAUUUAUUACACAUUUAAACCUCAUAAUGAAUGAGGAAUGGGGAUAGUGAGGUUUGUUUGUAGGAAUAUAUAAACAAAGUCCUGAAUCGUGGAUUACUUUGGUAGUACUAGUACACAAUAUUGGAUUUAAUGAAUCAGACUUCUAACAUAAACAUUGAUGAA